AUGGUUUUGAAGUUGAAGCAGCGAAAUCUGCCAAAUACAGGCUCCGCACCUGUGACAGACACGGCCGAAAUUGUGCGUACAGUCAUUAACGACAUUCGCGCCAAUGGUGAUCAGUCGGCUCGAGCUUAUUCCGAGAAGUUCGACAAAUGGAGUCCUGCAAGCUUCAGGCUCUCGCAAGAUGACAUAACGAAGAUUAUUUCGUCUGUUCCGCAGCACAUCCUAGAUGAUAUCAAGCAAGUGCAGGAGAAUAUUCGAACCUUUGCCAUGGCUCAGAAGGCAUCGAUCAAGGACUUCGAAAUGGAGAUUCGUCCCGGGGUGCAUUUGGGUCAGAAGAACAUUCCGAUCAAUUCGGUUGGCGCAUACAUUCCCGGCGGUCGCUAUCCUCUGCUGGCCUCAAGCCACAUGACGAUUCUCACAGCCAAGUGCGCAGGUGUCCCUCAUGUCACCGCGUGUACACCUCCAAUUGCCGGAAAGAUCCCAGCCAAUACAGUUGCAGCCAUGCAUUACGCCGGUGCGGACGACAUCUAUAUCCUCGGAGGGGUACAGGCGGUUGCAGCUAUGGCGGUGGGCACCGAGACAAUAAAAAAGGUCGAUUUCAUUGCUGGACCGGGAAAUGCCUUCGUCGCCGAGGCCAAGCGCCAGCUAUUCGGCGAAGAGAUCGGCAUUGAUCUCCCAGCGGGACCUACAGAGGUCCUGAUCGUCGCAGAUGAACACGCCGACCCUUUCAUUGUUGCCACUGAUCUUCUGUCACAGGCCGAACAUGGCCCUGACUCCCCUGCAGUCCUGAUCACAAACUCUCAAAGCGUGGGGGAAAAGACAAUCGACGAGGUCAACCGAUUACUGAAGGUUCUUCCAACCGCCGACAUUGCGGGAGUUUCUUGGGAUCGUUUGGGAGAAGUCAUCAUUGUGUCAGACCUGGACGAAGCAUACAAACUCGCCGAUGAGUACGCCUACGAACAUGUGCAGAUCCUCACACAAAAGCCACGGGACGCAUUGGAGAAGAUGUCCAACUAUGGCGCUCUAUUCCUUGGCGACAAGACCUGUGUCUCUUACGGUGACAAGUGCAUCGGCACCAACCACGUCCUUCCGACUCGAGGGGCCGCUAGGUAUACCGGUGGACUGUGGGUGGGCAAGUAUUUGAAGACAGUGACUUACCAGGAAGUGACCUCACCGCAGGAAAGUGGAGAACUGGGUCGACUAUGUGGCAGAGCAGCUAGGGCAGAGAAUUUUGAAGGUCAUGCACGUUCUGGCGACGCUCGGGCUCAUCAAUAUUUGGGAGAUCAAUUCGACUGGAUCUAG